UAGGGUAGUUUCCUCGUCAGUCUCGACAGAAAACUCUACUUUUCAUGAGAAAGGUACGACUUUGAGAAAACUUGUUAUUCAGGGCUCAAGAUCUGUCGAUGAAAACUAAAACUAAUGUGAAUUUGUAGAGACCUGAAUGCUGUUUCAGAAAUGUGUUUUUAGCAAAAAAGAACAAAGUUCAAUUGGUAUACAAAUUCAUAUUAGUUUUAGUUUUUAUCGACAGAUCUUGAGCCCUGAAUAACAAGUUUUCUCAAAGUCGUACCUUUCUCAUGAAAAGUAGAGUUUUCUGUCGAGACUGACGAGGAAACUACCCUAACUGAUCCAGUGCUUUCGAUUCCAUAUUUUAGUCAUAGGUAGACCUUGCUGCGAUCAUAAUACUUGACCAAAAUGCAUCAAACUUACGGAAUAUACUCAACAUAGCCUCAUUAAACAUUAUCAACAGUCAAAAUGGUCAAAAGAAUUAUUUUUCUCAAUUCGAUUUUCGAGAAAGUCGUGCAAUAGCCCUGUCCUGCCAACAAAAAAUCUUUUUUAAUUUAGAGUAAUGCCUGUAUAGAGUAUACGUGUCUGAGUAUAUUCCGUAAGUUUGAUGCAUUUUGGUCAAGUAUUAUGGUCGCUUGGAGUUUUUUAAUUUACUAUGGCUAAAACGAUCAAAUCGUAUUUUCUUGAAAACUUUUCUUUCGAGCUUUUUCGCAUUUUAAUAGUAGAACAGAGGUCGCCACUGGAUUCAGCUUGGUCGAUAAUCUAUGUUCCUGAAACUGGUAGUUCUCAGAUGAUUUUUAGAUCGUUUGAUAGACCCAUAAAUUUCCUUCAGAAUGGUAAAACCUGGACCUCUCUAGCCCAUUUCGUUCAAAUAUCAUCCAGAAAAUAUCCGAGCUGUUUGACGCCGACAGUAAAUGUUUUUGUGUUAAUAAACUACGUGUUAUUUUUUAAAGAAAUGUUUCUUUAACAUCAUUCUUUUCUUAUUCAACAGGACAAUUUCUGUGUCUGACUGGUUCAUGUGACUGAGAGCUGAAGAAUAAAAUAGACGCAAACAUAUUUCUAAUGUUUUUUUUUGAUUUCUUCAUCUCGAGAUCUUAUUUUGAAUUUGUUUUUUUCUUUGUUUCUUUUAUUCUAUCGCUAAUGCAACUACAAAAUGUUAAUAUUUACAAAUUUCCACAUGAAUAUUGUAGAACGUUCGCAAACGUACAGAUGUCUCAUAAAUAUUUUCACUAAACAUGAUUUAGUUUGAGAUGAUGAAUGAUAUUGAAUUUCGUGGUUUACUCAUAAGAAUGCUUGAUGACUUUUCGGAUCUGGAUCGACGUAAAUUUCAUUUUGCAGCUGGUAAAAUAAUUCCACGUUGUUUACGUGAUAAUUAUACAAUCGAAAAUUCAUUUACGGUAAUGGAAAUCAUAAUGACAAGUGACUUUCAUCAUCUAAUUCAAGUUUUAAAACAAAUUCAACGUGAAGAUUGGGCUUGUAUACUGACAGGUAUAAUACCUUCUCUUGUACGCGGCAAUUGUUUUGAUAAUUUAACUAGUCUAUUCGAAGGUUAUAUGCAGGAUCAUUCACCAAUAUCAAUAACAAGUACAUCUCUACCUGUUUCUAAGGGAAAGAGUAGUCUAUAUGAAAUUUUAAACGAUUCACAAGAAGAUAGAUGGAAUCAAAAUGAUAAGAUUAAGACAGAAAUAUAUAUGUCUGAUUCAUUAGAACUAGUAUCAUCGUACAAAUCAAAAUUCGAAAGAGGUCUUAAUCAAAUAACUGACGAUAUUUUUGUUGACCGUGAUUACAAACCGUGUACUUAUGAACGACCAUUCAUUAGUGUAUGGGGUUGGGUAUGUCUAUUAUUAUCAGUUCUAGCUCCAUUGAUCUGUAAUCAAUUUUUAACAAAUCAUUUGAGUCAGAUGAAACGCGCUAAAUCAGGCUUCGCUCUUCAUAUACGUUUAACAUGUAUGUUACCAUGUAUAUCAAUGAUAUUGAUUCAUGUGAAUGUUAUGACAGCAAUUUUUGAAUAUUUACACGUGACGGUUAUGAAACUUUUUAUAGACUGUGUGUGCGAUAUUGAGUUAUGGAGAAUUGAUGGAUCGUCCGACUAUAUAUUACUUCACAGUGAACUAUGCACUGAUGUCAUAGGUUAUGACCAUAUACGCUUGCGACAAAAUUCAAAUAGUGAAUAUCUCGGUAACGAUCGUACGCUCGAAAAAAAUGAAAAUGGAAAAUUGUUCCGUGGUAAAGGCAAUGAAGAUGUACUAUUACUAAACAACGACACCAGUCAUCCAUCGUUUGGUGCAAUAUCGACAAUUCAACAGCAACCGCUACAACAAGCGCGAAUUGUGAGCAAACAUGGCGAUAUCAAUUUAUCCAGGCGGCAUAUUAAGAAUCGUAAACGUCAAUUUUUGGCUGAUAUAUUUAUAACACUAAUCGAUUUAAAAUGGAGCUGGAUUAUUAGUUUAUUUGUUAUCACAUUCAUUGCCAGUUGGGUAUUAUUUGCUAUCAUCUGGUCUUCACUCAUGUAUUUUCACGGUGAUUUUGCUUUUGACAAAAAUAUAAAUUCGACCAGUUGUAUUCAAGGUGUUCAUACACUUGCAGGUGUAUUUUUAUUUUCUCUCGAGACUCAGCAGACGAUUGGCUAUGGUACUCGAAGUAUCAGUGAAACAUGUCCGGGUGCUAUUCUUAUUCUGAUUUUGCAAGCAUUAUUUGGUUUAAUCAUACAAGCAUUCUUGCUUGGAUUAAUUUAUACAAAAUUAUCACGGCCAAAGAAGCGUAGUGAAACAUUAAUGUGGUCACAUGAAAGUGUCAUAUGCAUGUGUGAUGGACAUCUGUCAUUACAAGUUCGUCUUGGUGAUAUGCGAAACCGAUCGAACAUUGUCGAAGCUCACGUUCGAAUGUACUUUGUACAAAAACGCGUGACACAAGAAGGUGAAGUUUUACCACUUCAUUUAGCUGACAUGAAUGUUGGAUUUGAUAAAGGUGAAGAUCGGUUAUUUCUCAUUUGGCCCUUAAUCAUAGAACACCGAAUUGAUCAAAAUAGUCCGUUGUGGACAAUGUCAAAAGAAGAUUUAACUCGAGGAGACAAACAUUUUGAAGUGAUUCUUAUCCUUGAAGGUAUCAUCGAACCAACCGGAAUGACCACACAAGCUCGAACGUCAUAUCUACCAUCGGAGAUCAAAUGGGGUCAUAGAUUUGAACGUUUAAUCGAUUUUAAUGAACAUAAACGUGUGUAUGAAAUUGACUACUCAAAAUUUCAUGUUACAUAUCCACUGAUGGAUGACGCGCAAAUACCGUCGUGUAGUGCAAAAGAACUGUACGAAAGAAGAAAACAAAAUCUAUAG